ACAAAAAAAAACCAAGAGCCAACCCAACUCACUCGUCAUCAUCGUCAUCAUCAUCACCCAACACUUCAACCUCAACAUGCUUCAAACACUCAGACCUGGGAUUCGCAGCAUGCUCGCUCGAUCCGUUCAACGCAAAACCUAUGCCACUGCCGGUGGCGAUGCACUUGGUGAGGCAUUUGUGAAAGAGCGAGAGGCGAUCAAGAGCCACGCCGCCAGUUCCUCUGAGCUUUGGAGGAAGAUCACCUACUAUGUCGCUUUUCCCUCCAUCGUUCUCGCCCUGGUGAAUGCCUACAACCUGGCUAAGGAACACGAACAUCAUCUUGAGCACAUUAAGGAAGAGAACGGCGGUGAACUUCCAGAAAGAAUCCAUUAUGAUUACUUGAACAUCCGUAACAAGAGUUUUCCCUGGGGGAAUUACACUUUGUUUUACAACCCCAAAACUAACUUGCCUCCUCCCUAAUCAUCCCAAGCUGUGUAAUUCAAUGUGAUCAAUUCAAACCCGAUGUUCAUGAUUUUGUUUGCUCCUUAGGUCAGACUCUCGAACAAUGACUUACUGAUCACUAGCACCAGCGAAUCGUUAUCUCCCACUUGACCCCGGGUCGAUCAUCGACACCAUGUGCCUACUUUGCCCGUCAAAUCAAUCUUCAUUUUUUUUUUUUUUUUUGAAAAAUCGAUCGGCCGAUGAGCAAGCCACUUGCGUUUUCCGUCGCCGGCUCUGCUUCCUUCUGCAGACCUUUCAUUGAAAAUACACACAUCUUUCUACUUCUUUUUGGGCGAUGACGAAAAAAGAAACCAUAAGAAAAAGUAACCUGACCAAUCUUAUAGCAACUUGGCAGAUCGAAGAGAAAGAGGAAACUACAAGACGACAAGUGGAUUCGAAGCGAAAGCCUAAUCCGAAAAAAACCGCAACCCCUUUAUUUAAUUUUCCUUGACCAUAUUAUAUAGACACGAGCGAAACCGUCUCCUAUUGGAUGAACUGGUUUUGUCGUGCUCUUUGAUUUGGAAACAAACAGGGAAAAAAAUAAAGAGGUGUGGUUGAUGAUUGGUGCAGGCUCCUUCGGAUCCAAUCUUGCUCGUUCUUGUUUGUUUUUUUCACAUCUUUUUCUUUGGGUCUUGCUUUGUUUGCUGGGAUGACGGAAUUCUUAAGUUUUUCUAAAGUGUAAUAGUUUGCAAUCCGAGCCCUUUUCCCCCUCAUCUUAUCCAACAUUCCACACAAAAAUGAAAAGAAACUUUCAUCUCUU